AUGUCAAGCCGGGAUGCCAGAAUCGAACCACUUCCCCCGGAUGUUGUGGCCAAGAUCAAAGCUUCUACCUCAAUUAUCAACUUGAACGGUGUCAUCGUGGACCUGGUCAAGAACGCGCUGGAUGCAAAUGCGCAUAGCAUCAUCGUGACAGUUGACUUUCAGCGUGGUGGCUGUGUGGUGGAAGAUGAUGGUGAGGGCAUUCAUCCAGCUGAGUUUGAGGUCCGUGGAGGACUGGGGAAAGCGCAUCAUACCUCCAAGUUUCAGUCGGAUCAAGAGGCUUAUGGUCGAAGAGGGCUGUUCCUUGCCUCCCUGGCGUCUCUAUCGUUGCUCACUAUUACAUCCCAUCACCUGCGCCAUCGGAGCACAAACAGCGUCAUAUUCCAUCAUUCAACACCAAUCGCGCGCUUGAUUCCAGCUCCGGUACAGAAGGGUUUGAGGUUCAGCGGCCAUGGAACCUGUGUUACGGUCAAUGACCUCUUCGGGAACAUGCCCGUCCGCGUAAAGAGCCGGGCAAUAGUUCACCAAAAGCCUGAUGAAACAGAGCGAGAAUGGGAGGACCUCAAGCAAGUACUAGUUGCAUUAACGCUAGCCAAUGAUCAACUGGCGAAAUUGGUUAUCUCAGAUGGUAGCAAAGGCAGGAAGAUAACUAUCCAUCCCCAGGAUCAAGGCCAGCAAGCAGGCGAACUGGAUCUUCAGCGAAUUUCAUCAAUUCUCGCCCAGGCAGGUCUUAUCAACUUCAAAGACCCUAACGACUGCUGGAAGGUGGUCUCGGCCUGUGUUCCGGAUUUCUCAAUCCAUGCCGCCAUAUGUCUUGUCCCCAGUCCCACAAAGAGAGUGCAGUUUGUUUCGUUGGGAGUGGCCCCUGUUUUCCCACGAAAUAGCACGAACAUGCUAUAUAGCGAUCUAAACCGGCUGUUCGCUUCAUCAGACUUCGGUACAAUGGGGGCUACCUCUGCUUUGGUUCAAAAUUCGCUCGAGGAUGGCCAUAUGAGCGCCAAAGCGUUACCGAAAGCUGUCAACAAAUGGCCAAUGUUCUAUGUACGGAUUAAUACCAAUACCCCCAACAAGUGGUAUGAGGACGGCCAAGGAAUUGCCCCAGGGUCGGACAAGUCCGUUCAACGAAUGUUGGACGUACUUGCAGCUAUGAUCAGCGAGUUUCUGGCGCAGCUCAACCUACGACCACGUGCUGGAAAGAGAAAACGGAAAGUAUCCCAGGCGUCACCAGAAGCAGCUCAAGAGGAUUUAAAGAGCACGGGACAAUCCAGGAGUACCGGGCAAGACCAUGGAAUGGCUUCAGAUAGCACGGAAGAAGCUUUUAGUAGUCGAUUAAAGCUUCCAUCUUUCAAGAAACCUAUGCCGCCUACAGUCAGUCAGCACUUUGGUGAUUGGUCUAGGGUCAAGGGCGCCAAAGACGUUACAUCCGGCAAUAAGCUCAAUGCUGCAAAGUCUGUUGAUAUUCCGUCAAGGGUUCGCAGUCCCGCUGAAAGCCAGCAGUCCGCGCGUUCGUCCGGGGAUGAAAGAGAGCCAACAACAGAUACGACAAUACCUUGGACGGAUCCGUAUACAGCACGAACACACGUAAUCAACUCACGGACUGGUCAAUCAACAAAUUCCUUCAAUGCGUGCGAGAGGCCACACUCGACUGGCCACACUCAACCGAACCGGGUACUAGACCGAGUAAGACGGCCAAAAUCAGCCAUUUCCACCGGGGCCGGGAGUUUGUGGAUUGACGGUGUCUUGGAAAAAUGGGAGAAUCCGACCUUUAGCCGAUCUGAGCGACCUAUUAACUCCAUUGAUUUUGGAACAACGCAUGAGCACGAAGCGGACCGGACGACCUUUAAUGCGCAAGACUGCUGUGGCAAUCUUUGCGGGUUGAACACGGUCAAAUUCUCCAAAUUCCGGGGGAAGUUAUGGAAGCAGCAUCUCCAAGGGGCCGAGGUGGUUGCACAGGUUGACCGGAAGUUCAUCCUUGCGAAAUUACCAGCGUCAUCAGCUGGUGGUACUCAAAAUGGGAUUACAUUAGCAUUGAUCGAUCAACACGCGGCGGAUGAACGAUGUCGAGUAGAACAACUUUUUGGAGAACUUCUUAUUUCCGAAUCAGGUGAUUUUGGAGAAGUUCAGGCCACUUCAGUGGAACCGAUCAUGUUUGAGGCUCCAAUAAGUGAGAAACCGCUGCUCAAGCGAUAUCGAAAACACUUUCGAUUUUGGGGUAUCGACUACCGAAUUGAACAAGCCGCAAGCAGGCUACAUGUUUUUGUACAUCUACUCCCAGCUUUGAUAGCAGAACGGUGCCGGACGGAGCCCAGUUUGGUUACUGAUCUUAUACGCGGCGAUAUUUGGAAGUGCGAAGAGAGCGGAAGCAAACUCGUUUCUACAGCCGCGCACUUGGACUCGAAUUCUGGCAGCACUGCAUCUUGGGUAAAGCGAUUAACCGAUUGUCCUCAAGGGAUUAUUGACCUUCUCAAUUCCCGCGCCUGUCGAACCGCCAUUAUGUUCAACGACGUUCUGAGCAUUCCUGAAUGCCAACAGUUGGUCGCGCAGCUGUCACAGUGCGCGUUUCCGUUUCAGUGCGCGCAUGGUCGACCGUCGAUGGUCCCUAUUUUAGAUAUGGAAGUUCAGGAUUCAUCAUUAUUGGUUAACGAAUCGUUGGAUUCAUUUGAAUUAGGAUUGGAUGAUGGCGAUGAAACAAAUAGGGUUGGUUUUGUCGAGGCGUUUGGAUGUGCAUAUAAAACAGAGAAUAUAGACUAA